AGAGACAGUGGGUGUCAAUUAAUGGCAUUUGUUUUCCGUGAAAGGUACCUCCGUGCUGACUUGUUAAGAAGUUGAAUGUAUAAUUCCUCUCAUCAAACACGAGACAGCACUGCAGCACAAAUCUUUUAUGUGCUUAUAGACAAACAAUAUGCCUUCCCUUUCACAAUUUAUCUGUAUCUUCAUUAAACCAUCACAGAAAAUUUCCAUAUCUUUUCUGUCGGGAAUCGGGAAAGAUAUAGAAAACAAUCUGACAGAAGCUCUGCAUUGCCUUUGCUAUGUUAUGAUAAUUAGCAUGCAACCCCCCGCGUAGCCACCAUCGUCACGGGGAAUUGAUCAUCGCAUCUAGCUAGGGUGUGGAGUCAAGAUAAUUUUGCACUAAAAUCCAAGAGAAAUUAUCUGCAAAAUCUUCCAAUUUAUACACGGAACAAAAAGCCUUUAUUUAACGGAGGUCUCAGUGUGUUUGAUGGCCCUUGCAGAUAUGGCGAGCGCCGGAAAUUUCGCAGUGACUUCAUCCUCCCUUGCUCGGCAACAAGAUGGCGGUGAAAGUGCAGCUGCACUCACAAUGAAAGCUGAAGAGUUGCGCGAAUCAAACAACCCUCGGGGAAUGGUUGAAAAUGAAGGUGAUAGUUCAGAUGAAGAUGAUGUGCAUCAGUGUGGACGUUGCAAAGAUAUUUUCAGAAGUCUGCAGUCAUACAUGCAGCAUAAGGCAAGCAAAGUUUGCAGGACAGCAAAGGUCCCACAAGUUCAGAAAAAGCCUGAGGCAGAAGAGCCAAUGCCUGUACCUCCACAGCAACAGGAAACAAAGGCCCAAGAGACAAGGACAAUAAAGCCAUCAAAUAUUCUGGAGGAAGCCGCAAAAGAUACCAUUUAUAAACAACUGGAAAUCUUAGUGGUAGAAGAGGAGCCAGAGCCAGAGACCCAUAGUACUGUUGAUGUCCAAAGCAUUAGCAGUGAGCAGACAGUGUCAUAUGUGGCACUGCAGAAUAAGCAGGAUCAGGGGAAAGUCAAUGUGCCAUUAUUGGUUUCCAAUGAAACCCAACCUGGUAAGAAAGGCAGCCCUACUCAUUUGACAGCACAAGGAGACGGACUGGUCACAACAGAUGCGAAGUCAGACGCAGCUGUAAACAGCAAAAAAAGAUCAAAGUCAAGACAGAUCUUCCAAGCAGACAUCCAGCCUCUCACUGGUGAAAUGCUUACUGCUGACUUCACUCAAAAUAUCGAUGAAGAUAACUUGGACGAAGAAACCAGGAAGAAGAGAAGGCUGAAAAUGAAAAAGCAACCAUCUUCAUUUCCUUGCUCCAUAUGCAAGCUGGAUUUUACCAAUAAACAGUUGAUGUUAGAGCACAGAGCGAAGCAUACAAAGCUGUAUAAAUGUAAGGUUUGCAGCGAAGGAUUCUACACUGAAGAGAAACUGAACAGGCAUAAUGAGAAAGAGUCGCACAACUAUCCAUGUGAGUGUUGUGGCAAAGUGCUUGUGAGCAAGGCCAGCCUUCAGCGACACAAAGUUGUUCAUGGUGAAAAGAAUCACGUCUGUGAUGUCUGCAAUCGUGCUUUUAAAACAGCAAGAGAUAUGAAAAAUCACAAGCUUGGUGUCCACAGUGAAGAGAAGAACUUUCUAUGUGAGCAUUGUGGAAAGGCCUUUGCUCGAAGGGAGAAGCUGAAGAGACACAGUCUUAUCCAUUCACCAUCUCGACCUGUUUUCACGUGCCCGUUCAAGAAUCACACGGGAUGUGACAAAGUAUUUUACAGAAAAGACAAGCUAACACGUCAUCUUUACUCUCAUUCAAAGAUCAAGCCUUUCAAAUGCGACCACUGCAUGAAAACCUUUGCUAGGACUGAUAACCUAAGGGAGCAUAUGAGAACACACACAGGUGUAUUCCGGUACUAUUGUACAAUCUGCGGAAAGGGCCAGCCAGGACCUAAAAAGUACCAGCAGCACAUGCUAAAACAGCACAGCAUCGAGAACUUUGAAGUGCCAAUGCCCAUUGAAGACAAUGCACCGUCAGAACUUAUUGAGCAGCACAAAGCCGUCGUUUUAGCCGAGACGACCACCAGGGCAUCUAGAGGGACCAAAGGGCGUAAAAAAUCACACAUGGAAAUGGGCCGACCUCAUGACGUUGAGCAAGAUUUUGCGGCUCUUCAUCAUACAACAAUGGUCACCUCUUAUUCAACAGUAUCGCUUCGGGAUAUUGACCCAAUUGCUACCAUGCAUACUGGAGAACAUCAUUUACUACAGCAGGCAGCCGCAGCACACGAGAACCCAUCGACCCCAACUGCCAUCCACCCACGGCCGCCUCAAGGUGAUGACUCAAUUAGAGUCAAUGACCACGACUCGUCGAAGCAGGAAUUCACAGUGCAGGAUUUGGGGAGAAAUGUUCUUGAAAUGGGUAGAGUUUCUGUUGCUGAUAUUGCCAGAACCAGCGUCCACGAGCUUGCAAGGCGAAGUAUCCAAGAUCUUACUCGGAAUGUUCAUGAUCUAGGUCGAGCAAGCGUAGGGGAUAUCAGCCAUGGCAUCACAACUGUAGCAGGGGGUGAUGAAAUGGGCAGGGUGACACCACAGAUGAACCGGCAAGAAAUGAACCGACCUGUCCAGGAGAUGACCCGCAAUGAUUUAGCCAGGGCUGUGCCUGAAUUGAGAUUGAAAGUACCAGAAAUAAGACAAGCGGGACCAGAGAUUAUCAGAUCCAUAACUGACAUCACCAGGGCCGUUCAAGAAAUGCCGCGAAGAGGCCCUCAAGAAAUGUCCAGGGGUGCAGACAUGGUUUCAAAUAUCAUGGUACCAGCCACACAUGCGGCAGAAAGAUCAAUUAUGGUAUCCACUGUUCAUGCCGACAGAGGAAAUAUCAUGACUGUGACGUCACAAAAUGAUCGCCAGAAUAUCAUGCCUCCAACUUCGCAUGCAGAAAGAGGUAACAUCAUGGUCCCUUCGUCGCACGCUGGCGAACGUGUUGGCAUUCAUCUGCUUCCUCAAAGCGUCAUACAACAGAACAUGCAUUUCACCAAUCUCUUAAACAUGAACAGUGAUUUAGUGUCGAUCGGCGAAGCUGUAGUUCGUAAUCAAGGACUUCCUGUUAUGAGUUCUAUUUUCAAGACAUUUCACGGACAAUCGAUGCAGUAGUUAUUACUUGUUUUCAAUUGGCUUCACGUGGAUGCACGGAAUUGCAGGUGACGCAUUAUCCAGAAGUUUGUACAUAAUCUAUGCGCAUGCCCAGGACAUGACACCGCCAAGAACAUCAGGGACGUGUGCCAACAUUACUGCGUAAAUUUUGGUUGGCAACUACUAUUUCUUUGACUGACAGAGAAAAAUCCGCCCGGUUUAACAACAUAACCCAGUCCGGUACUUUGAUCUUUAUAAGUUGAAGGAAAAUAAUGUUAAUAUAUACGUAACACAAUCUACAUUUUGCUGAAGUUUUACUAUCUACAAAAUUUGCCUACUUAGAAACGCCGGAGGAGAGGUUUUGAGGGCUGUUUGGGUGACGUCAUGUCUGUAAUAUUAGCAAUGAUAUGUGCUGAAUUUUUGAGUAGAGUUUACCUCUAAUUAUGAUUCAUGGAGAACAAGACAUAACCAAGUGAACCCUUAAUAUAAGAGCAUUAUUAUGAAUUUUCAAUCAUUCUUUAACUCCAGAGAUGACAGAACUAAUUCUGAUUUUAGAUUGAAAGCAUUUCACUAAAUAAUAUUUAGUCAUGUGACAGUAGCCUCGUAUCGGCUGCUGUUGUAAUGGAAGGUAGAUAUUCCAUUUAAAUUUGUUAGCUCGUCUGCCUGGAAAUCUAGUAUUCUUUUUCAUUCCUUUAACUUGUUUUAUCACAAUAUAUGGUUGUAAAGAUAUGUAUGUAUUUGUUUUAAAAAGUUCUUUAAGUUCCCUAGUCGUUAUAAUUUUGGCAGUCCAAAUUGUUUAUUGCCUUUUGACAGUGUUUUACUAUUAUCCUUUUAUUCCCUUCAGCUGUGUGAUAGAUAGAGAUAAGAUUGUAUGUUAUAAGUAUAUGAAUGAAACUGUCGACCUAUUUCCCCGUCAUUAAGCAAAAUGCAUUGAAAAUAAUUAUUUAAUUUCAUGGUCCCAGCGCUUUACUUACAUCGACAGGUGAUUGUCCUGUCGCGCCAAGAACUUCUGUAUGCUUCUCGCCUAGCAAUAAGUGUCUGUGACAAAUACGAUCUAGUCUCUUCUAAGAUGCUACCUUUAUAAAGCGACCACCCUAUCAAAGGACCACCUCACCUACCACCGGUAUUUUUAGGCAAUUGAUCUUUGGUUUGGAUUGAUGUACUUCCACCGUGACGCGUUACAGAAGACUUUCACACAGAAGACUAUGAGAGGAUCAGUACAUAUAAUACAGGCUGAGAUGUAGCCACUUGGUUCUGAAAUGUAUGGACCAAGCAAAUACAUAAGCAAAAAGGUUCUAUGAUGUAAUUUCAGAUUAUAAGACCCAAAUGUACAGAUAUGCUAUAUAAUGAAAUCGCUUGGCAGCUUUUAACAUGUUUUGUAGGGAGUAGACCAUAUAUUGUUGCCAUAAUGUUACAGGUGUAUUAAUUGUUAGCCGAACAUGAUUAUGUAGAACGUUGUGUAAAUAUAUACGGUACAUUGAAUUCUGGCUGUUUUCUCCUUGUCUGGAUCAGAAUGCAGUACAGUGUUGAGUUAGGGACGGUAGAAGUGUGAGAGGUGAUUUUAAUUACAUCGUUUGGAUGGUAGAGCAAAGAAAACACACUCUUAACAUUUUCAUAUCUUGAUUGAUAACUGAACGAGGUUAAAAAGAUAACUGAACUACGAUAUAUAGAGCUGGGGAUUAUAUAGUGUCUACAAUAAGUCAUUACACGUGAUUAAAAUAGGCUAUGUGACCUGGGGAGCGUCCUACUACAGAAGGUGGAGGGGGGCUGGGGAAAGUAAGCACUCCACCUCGGUGUUUGUCAACCCAUGUUUGAUCCCGGGCACAUUUCCAUUGAAAAAAUCACAAGGAACACCAUCAACGUAGAAUAUUAGGAGUAUUAUCUAAGUCGUUCACAUCGAAGUAUGAAUGAUCUUGGACAGGAAUCGAAAAAUACAAAGCAAAAGUAUCUUAGAAAAAAAUAGAAUAUUUUUAUUACCCAAUGUGAAACCUGGGCCUGUCUUUAAGACCAAUCAGAUGAAAUUGAAGAAUUCUCCACAACAUGCCAGACAGUACCUGACGGCACACUAUUUGCCACGGCACAGUGGUUGAAAAACAGUGCUCUACUUAAUAAAAUUUCAAAACUACUCAAGACAAAAGAUUCCCCAUAACGUUUUUCCUUACUUUCUCGUCCCCAUAGAUCACACACAAAUUUAGGAACGCUGUCUCCUGCAUGGGUAAGAGCUGCGUUUAAAGAGAUAGAAAAGCAAAUUUGAGAAAAGUCCAGUACACUAUCAUAGGUUUUAACCAUAGCCUGUGUUCCAGGUCCCUAAUUUGAAGAUAAAGGACCUGGAGCAAAGUCUACAAAAGGUUACUUCCUUUGUCUCCAUUUCCUAUUCAUUCUCGCUGAACAUGAGCAGUUUCUCUUUGUAUGAUCUCUAUGCAGUCAAGCGCUUCUAAAAUAGAAUUAAUGCUUGCAAAAUAGAACAUAUUGAUCAUCAAUAUGGUUACGUGUAAGACUGUGACAGGAAAAAGGAACGUGUUUAAACAAACGUCGUAUUAGCUUGCAAAGAAAAUUGAUUGUCCAGUCUUUUACUUUCAUAAGAUUAUUCCAGCAAAUAAGAGAUUUAGGAAAAACCAAAAGGAGCUGUAAAAAAGGGUAGUAAUGUCCGACAGGGCUGUGUUGAUUCAAAUUGGCCUGUUUGUUCU